AUGUCUUCCAUUAAUCCUAUUAUUGUUUCGUCAAGUCCUUUACCUACUAAAAAAACUCGUAAACCUCGUGCUCUCCGUGCACAACCUUAUUCUAAAGAAAGUUCAAGUUAUUCUAAAAAGUCUGAAUCUAAAGUCCGUGAUGAUUCCUCUGGUGAAAGUUUAAACUUCGAAAAUUAUUCUUUAAAGUAUUCAGAUCUAAGUUCUGACAAUAAAAAAUCUUUAAAGCAAUGCAAAAAUACUCCUCUUCAACAAGCUAUCCGAUAUUCUCUAGGCAAAGUUAAUUCCUCUAUCGAUACUAUCCAAUUCAAGCUUACAUCUCUUCAAUCUUCCUUUGAUCAUGAAAUCCCUGAUAUUCAUAAUCAAAUCAGUCAACUUUCUGCGGAUGUUCAUGAAAUUCGUGAUUUAUUAUUAGUAGUUGUUCAAAAUAUUCAAGCUCUUUCCAUAGCUUUCCCUUCAAUAUUUCCAUAUUCUUAUUCUAAUAGUCCUAUACUUCCUUUGGUAUCUUUAGAUCAUAAUUAUGUAACUGAUUUAUCUGUUAAUCUUCCCGAUUUUUCUUCUGAUAUCAUUAAUGCCCCAAAUGACUUUGAUCAACAACCUUUAUUUGAAUAA